AUGGAGAAAUUGAAGACUUUGCUGAUCGCAAAUCGCGGUGAAAUCGCCGUUCGUAUCAUCAAAACAGCCAAAGAGCUAUGCGUCCGUACAAUUUCAAUCUACACGGCCGCCGACGCAACGUCACAACAUGUUCUGGCGGCAGAUGAAGCGAUCCUACUACCGGGCGAUGAUUCUACCGCAUACAUCAACGGGAAUGAAAUCAUAGAAAUCGCGCGUGCCCAUCAAGUUGAUGCCAUCAUCCCGGGCUAUGGCUUUCUGUCGGAGAAUGUGGAAUUUGCCCAAGCUGUCGCCAAUGCCGGGAUGGUUUUCGUGGGCCCAAAGUCCGAAGCCAUUGAAGCUUUCGGGCUGAAGCAUCGAGCACGGGAGAUCGCUGUGGCAGCUGGCGUUCCAAUUGUUCCCGGGACACAGGGACUGCUCGUUACAGAGGACGAGGCAGUGGAAGUGGCGAACGAAUUAGGAUAUCCAAUCAUGCUGAAAGCCACCGGUGGCGGUGGUGGUAUGGGAUUGAUGAUAUGCAAAUCAGUGGAAGAGGUCCGAGAGUCUUGGACGCAAGUUCGCUCCCGAGGAGAAACGUUGUUCAAAAAUGCGGGCGUUUUCAUGGAGCGUUACUAUCCUGAGAGUCAUCAUAUCGAGGUUCAGGUUUUUGGUAAUGGCCUAGGAGAUGCAAUUCAUAUCGGAGAGCGAGAGUGCUCAAUUCAACGCCGCCAUCAAAAGGUCGUUGAAGAGUGCCCCAGCCCGUUCGUGGAAAACCACCCAGGUCUUCGUGAAAGGCUCACCUCUGCGGCGGUUGCUUUAGCCAAAUCUAUUCGCUAUGGAUCUGCAGGCACAGUCGAGUACCUAGUCGAUGACACAUCGGGAGAUUUCUUUUUCUUGGAGAUGAACACUCGUCUUCAAGUCGAGCACGGUAUCACCGAGCUCUGUUACGGGGUUGAUAUUGUACAGCUUAUGCUUCAACAAGCCGACCGGGAGUUGUGCGGUCUCGGAGGUCUGGACAAGGGCUAUCUGGAAACUUUGCAACCAGACAAGCCUUCGGGCUGUGCAAUUGAAGCUCGUGUAUACGCAGAGAACCCUGCGAGAAACUAUGCUCCCUCUCCUGGAUUGCUUCAACAUGUUGGAUGGAGGGAGAUGAGCGGCACUCGAAUUGACACGUGGGUCGUUACUGGAACUCGAAUUUCCACAUAUUACGACCCUAUGAUCGCAAAGGUCAUGGUACAUGAUUCCAACCGGACAGCGGCUAUUGAAAGAUUGGGAGAUGUCUUGUCGCACUCAACCAUCUGUGGACCGCCGACAAAUUUGGACUUUUUGCACGCCAUCAUUAACUCCAGUAAAUUCCGCGCAGGACAUACAUUGACCAACUUCUUAACCGAUUUUGAGUUCACGCCGGCUGCGAUCGAUGUCAUAUCACCAGGGGUGUAUACAACAGUACAAGACUAUCCAGGACGCCCAACAGCGGGGCGGGGAAUUCCACAAGCAGGGCCAAUGGAUCCUUUGGCAUUUCAAGUUGCCAACAUCUUGGCUGGGAACCCUCCCAACACCGAAGGCCUAGAGAUCACAUUGAAAGGGCCGGAGCUACGUUUUCUAGCCCCUGCUUGCAUAUCUGUCUGUGGUGCUCCAAUGGACAUGUCACUCGACGCAUAUCUCGCUGUUCGUGGAGGCUUUCCGGCAAUUGCCCCAUACUUUGGGUCAAAGUCAACCUCCCCUCUACUUGGAAUUGGUGGGUAUCAAGGAAGAUCGCUCGCCCCGGGUGAUAUGUUGGCCAUUUCGAAGCUCGACGGAGUUGCGGGAGAGCUGGAGAUCUCAUUGCCCGCCCAUUUGCGCCCCGUAUACUCCCGUCACUGGGACAUUGAUGCCAUGGUUGGGCCAUUCGAUGAAGGGUAUAUCGUAUCCGAAGAUAUCGACAUGAUCUAUAACACCGUCUGGGAUGUUUCGCAUAAUGCCACGAGAGGUGGCAUUCGCCUUGUUGGACCUGCUCCCAGAUGGGCAAGGGAAGAUGGAGGUGAGGGUGGACAGCACCCUAGCAACGUUAUUGAAUAUGGGUACCCGAACGGAACGCUGAACUGGACGGGAGACAGUCCCUGCAUCUUCCCCGUGGACGCCCCUGAUCUUGGUGGCUUCAUUUCCUCCACGACGAUUGUGAAAGCCAGUCUAUGGCGUAUGGGUCAACUGAAAUCUGGCGACACUAUUCAAUACCGCAGGGUAUCACUGAAAGAUGCGCUUCGUGCUCGAGCUGAGUUGGAACGGUUUUUGGAAAGUGUCUCAGCAAUUGUAGCCGGCCAAUGCGAUAUUGAUAGCGUCGAGCCAAUCUCCAAUUCCACCUUGCCAGAAUCAACUGUUUCUGGAAACUGGGGAAAGGCGUUGAUUUACUCCACCGAUCUGGGUGAAUCCGGAAUUCCUAUGACAUUUAGACAGGGAGGGGAUGAGUUCUUGUUGGUCGAGUUUGGCGAUGGAAAAUUUGAUCUCAAUCAUCGCUGCCGAGUCACGGCAUUGGACCAAGCCCUCAAGAAAUCGCAAGAGUCUGACGAAGGCUUGAGAGGCGCUGUGUACAAGACCACCGGAUGCUGCAAUUCACUCGUAAUCCACUACGAUGGUCUAAAGCUCUCCCAGGAUAACCUUGUCAGACUUUUGGUAUCGUUACAAAAAACGAUCGGCGAUCUCAGCAAUUCCAACGUCCCAAGCCGAAAGUUUCGUCUUCCCAUCUGCUUCGAAAGCCCGGCUCAGGAGGAAGCUGUCAAGCGAUACAUGGAGACUCAGAGACCACAUGCUCCAUUCUUGCCGAACAACAUGGACUUCGUGGCCAAUAUCAAUGGCAUUACGUAUGAUGAAUUAGUGGAUAUUUUUCUUUCGGUCGAAUUCAUGGCUAUUUGUGUCGGGUUCUUCUGUGGCGAUACAAUCUGUCUCCCCGUCGAUCCCCGCUAUCGGUUGACAUGUCCCAAGCAGAACCCUAGUCGCGUGUACACCCCAGAAGGAAGUGUCAGCUGGGGUGGUUCAUGCAUGAACAUCUACCCCGUUGAUUCCCCUGGGGGAUAUCAGAUGACGGGCCAAACCAUUCCCUGCUUCGACCAACUGGGAGUCAAACCCGAUUUCUCACCGAGUCAACCCGGUCUGUUCCGUGACUUCGACCAAAUUACCUUCUACCGAGUCGAGAAGGAAGAAUUGGAGCGUGAUUUGGCGCGUUUCCGGUCUGGUCGUUAUAAUUUCCAGUACGAAGAUGUCAUUUUCGAUAUGAGCGCCCACAAUCGUCUGCUUCAGCAAACUAGAGACGAAGUAGCGGCAUUCAAGUCUCGCCAAGCCACUUCGCAGGUGAAAAUGUUAGCCAUGGAAAAGGAAUCAAUGGACAGGUGGAUGGCCGAGAAAGCGCAGAAUCACGUUCCUGCUGAUGAAAUUGAACUCCUGAGAGAAGACCCUGACAUUCUGACAUUGUAUGCUCCUCUCGAUGCAAACGUGUGGAAGGUGAACGUUUCCGAUGGCAGUGUGAUCUGCUCUACGAAGGUUGUGGCCAUCCUUGAGGCAAUGAAAAUGGAAGUCGCCGUCUCCUAUAAUGGGGACCAGAGGGAUGGUCUUGAUCAAUCGUUCAAGAUUGAGAAAGUACUCGUCCAGCCAGGUGAUACUGUUCGGGCCGGAGAUGCGCUUGUAUUUUUGAGACACAUUUGA